AUGGCAGCACCCCCAGACCUGCUCCUUCACCAGCAUUCUGCUCUGCCAGGCGUGGCCCCACCCCACCCUGACCUUGGUGUCCCCAGUUCUCCUGUACCGCCACUGUGCGGUGUUCACUUCAACCUCACCCAGGCCCUGCCUGUCGUGGACCCUCACAGAUGCUUUGAGCAGUGCACAGAGGUAAUGCUGGCUGCUGCAGAGAACACUCCUGAAAACGCCCUCCCCAGAGGCUGCCCCGCCUCCGGCAGAGCAAGCUCAUUGAAAAUCAAUCUCGUCUUCAUUCUGUUGUUGUCCACGAUGGCUGCGCCUUGGUGUCACCCUAUUCCGUCAUCUGAGGUGUCUGGAAAAUCUGAUUUCUUUCUCACGCUGCUGAACAGCUGUCCAACCAGGCUGGACAGGAGAGAGGGGUUAGCGUUUCUGAAGCCACUUUUGGAGAAGCCGUUUAUGAAAAGAUCCUUUCGCAAUGGAGUCGGCACAGGGGGGAAAAAAACUUCCUUUCAAAGAGCAAAAUCAUGA